AGUUUUAGCUGCUUUUGUGGAAGGUGUGCGUGUUGCUGAGAGGAGUAUAGGCUUGAGCCUUGUGGGGUUAAGAGAGGCUGUUCCUGGUUGUGAUUUGUUGUUUGCUUCAGGACGAGGACAUGGCAGACACAGCACCAGCAGAAGGGACUCAUCUCAGGACUACUUGCUGCCAGCUGUUCAAUUCCAGCAUGAGGGACGAAGCAAGGAGGCUGAGCACUUUCUCACAGUGGCCACGCAGCUCACCAGUGUCUGCCUGGGAUUUGGCCAAGGCUGGCUUUUUCUUUGUGGGUCCAGGAGAUCAAGUACAGUGCUUCAGCUGUGGUGGCAUCCUGAAAGACUGGGAGCCUGGUGAUUGCCCAAUAUUGGAACACCUGAAGUUCUUCCCUUUCUGUGAAUUCAUUUCUCAUGAAGCUGUUUGGGACCGACAGGUUUCCACUCAGGGAGUGUUUGACAGUGUAGAUGGGCAGUUCCUCAGCCUCUUGCAGAGGAUAGACAGUGAGGAGACAGCCCUGCCCAACCAACCAGAAUACCCAGAAAUGGUAACAGAGGAGAUGAGACUAUCAACAUUUCAGAACUGGCCACAGUAUACUGAGAUGCAUCCUGAGCAACUGGCUAGAGCAGGAUUCUUCUACACAGGCCAAGGUGAUGUGGUGAGGUGUUUUUACUGUGAUGGAGGUAUGAGGAACUGGGCAUUCGGAGAUGACCCUUGGAGGGAACAUGCCAAAUGGUAUCCAAGGUGUGAAUUUUUGUUGCGAUCAAUGGGGAGAGAAUUUGUCAGCAGUGUUCAAGAGUCCUUUGCCAGCACUCCACCUCCAAGAGAUUCCAGGGAUCAGACGGGACGAGGGUCCUCUGCUUACCAAGAUCUUUUAAGGAACUGGAAGUUGCAGACUCUUCCUUCUCUGGAUCAGUUUUCUGUAGCACAGAAUGUCCUGGAGAUGGGCUUUAACCCUGCUUGGGUUGCUAGCCUGGUAGAGAAUAAAUACAUACUGACUGGGACUUUCUACCUUUCUGAGUCUGAACUGAUUUCUGAUCUGCUUCGGCCAGAAUGGGAAGAGAGCAGCAGUGCAGAGGAAAACAGAGAUGCGGUUCAGAGAGAGGCUGAAACAUCAAGUUCAAGAGGAGAAAUGCAACCUGUGCAGCAAAAAGAGGAGUCUCCAUUGAGCACAGAGGAACAGCUCCGACGCUUGCAAGAAGAAAGGAUGUGCAAAGUGUGCAUGGACAGGGAUGUGUCUGUUGUAUUUGUUCCCUGUGGCCAUCUGGUAGCUUGUGGAGAAUGUGCCCUCAACUUGAGACUGUGUCCUAUCUGCAGAGCAGUCAUCCGAGGAAGUGUGAGGACUUUCAUGUCCUGAACCACAGUGUGCAAAAAGGAAAAAUAAGUGUCUAAAAUACACUCCUAUGCCAGCAGAGAAAGAAACAAUUUGUUACUGGAGCAGUCUUGUUUUAGGCCAAGCUAUCCUGCAAACUCCUUUCUUGCAGUGCUUCCAGUAGGAGCUGGUGAUUAGCUCUGAUCUUGCUGUAGGACUGCUCCAGAAAAACUACGCCAGUUUUUUUCCUUCAAAAUGAGGUUUUUGCUGAAGGUAAUCCUCCAAAUACUUGUUCUCAAACAAAUCCCUUUUCUGCACUGAAAUCAAGGGCUGUUUUCAGCUGUCUGUCUGGUUCUCUUCAUUUAGUAGUUUAGAGAAUAUCCUGCUAGGGCUGAUGGAUUCCUUCAGAAGUGUGGGUAAAGUUAGAGCCUUUUUAUACCAAAUGCAUUCAGUAGUAGCUAGGAUACUCAGUAGGAAUGUAUUGAGAGGGGGAAAUAGAAAGGAGAAUCUAGCUCUUCUGAGGUUGAAUUAUGGUUUUUUUUU